CUAGCCUGCCGGAAACAAGAAGAAGAAGAAGAAGAAAGAGGAGGGCGGAACCAACUGUCUAUGGGCAGAACCAACUGGGCAGAACCAGGACAGAACUGAAACGACUCCUAAUCGAUGGGAUCGAAGAAUAGCUACGUCUGUAAAGUGAUGGUGCUGCGUUUGAUAUCAACUCCUUUUAACAACUGAGCAUAGUCAUGUUAAGAUAGAUAGGUCGGUAAAGGCAGAACUGCACGCCAACUGAACAGCGCUCGUGCCCCCCCAAGAAGGGGGCAUCACAGCCAUGGCAACUGCACAGUCUGCUGUAACGUUUGCAGUGUGCAUCCUCAUGAUAACAGAGCUAAUACUUGCCAAGAAGGACUAUUAUGACAUACUGGGAGUGCCUAAAGAUGCUACUGAGCGACAGAUAAAAAAAGCUUUCCACAAGCUUGCAAUGAAACAUCACCCAGAUAAGAACAAGAGCCCUGACGCUGAAGUGAGAUUUAGAGAAAUUGCUGAAGCAUAUGAAACUUUAUCAGAUGGAACUAGAAGAAGACAAUAUGACCAGUUUGGUUACAUCUCUGCAUACUUUAGUGGGGAAACGCAAGGCAGACAUAGACAAGGUGCCCACCAACCUUUCAGCUUUAACUUUGAUGACAUUUUCAAGGACUUUGAUAUUUACAGCCAGAACAGGCAUGCUAGCCACCGAAGACACUUUGAUGAACACUCAAGGUACCACAAAGAGUCCCACAGCAGACAUAAGAGACACUUUCAAGGAGGUUUUGGAGCAGGUAUCUUUGAUGACAUGCAUGACGACAUAGAGCGAAUGUUUACCUUUGACAGACACACCAAACAGACUGACAACAGGUUUCAUGGUGGAUCAAAGCAACACUGUAGAACAGUGACACAGCGCAGAGGAAAUAUGGUAACCACAUACACAGACUGUACUGCAUCUUAAGAUGCAAUGUAAAAUUACGUCUGACU